AUGGUAGAGAACACCCUCAACCCAAAGACUCUGCCUCGUGACACCAGCACAAAGCCGGAGGCUUCAGCUGAAGAGGAAGCCCCAAAGACUCUGCCUCGUGACACCAGCACAGCUGGUUUAGAUGGCACCCAGGACUUACCACGUCACCAGCCAGAAGGCAGCACCCAGGACUUACCACGUCACCAGCCAGAAGGCAGCACCCAGGACUUACCACGUCACCAGUCCGAUGACUUGGAGCUAGAGCUUGAGCGACUGGUUGACGAGCUUUUUUCGGAUGAUGAUCCGGGCAUGGACGUUGAUGAUGCUGCGCCACAGAGUCCACUCGUCCUGAGUGAGAAAGCAACACACCUCUUCGAGUGUUUGGCUAAAGCCAAAGCUUCAUCCAAAAACUGGCUCUCGCCAGCAAGCAAGAGCUCCAAGAACGAAUCUGAGCCAGCACAAAGCUCCGGAAGCAAGGUUGGCGACAGACGGAGGCGUUCUACUAGCUCAGGGCGAGACAUGCCAGAGAAUGCUCAGCGCAAGCUGCGUUUCCCACCUCACUUGAACCUGCCAAAAGAAGCGAUCCACCUCUCGGAUUCCGACUAG